UUUACUGACUCAACUUAAACGCCUCAUAGACAUUACAUUCUUGCAUUUUGGCUCAUUUUUCGCUUACCUUCGGGACAUUUAAGACUUGCUACGAUGCCGAUGUGUGGAGGCACCUCAGAAGUAAAGGAGGCCGAUGGGAACGUUCAGCAGAUUUGUGAUAAAGUGAAACCUCAUGUGGAGCAGAAAGCAGGAAAGAACUAUGACGUCUUCACCGCCAAGAGCUACAAGAGUCAGCUUGUUGCUGGGACCAACUACUUUAUAAAGGUCCAUGUUGGGGGUGAUGAGCAUCUUCACAUCCGUGUCUGGCAGAAACUGCCGUGCAAUGGAGGGGAAGUAGAGUUGAGUGAUAUUCAGCUCUCCAAGAGCCACCAUGAUCCCAUCGAGUAUUUCUGAACAGCUGUAUAUUCUAGCAGAGCUCUAGGCCUGCAGAAUGCUCCCUCAGUGUCGUCAACCUGUUGUUUUGUUUUCUCGCCCGCAGUGAUAACUGACAUUUUGAGUCUCAUGCAGCAUAACUUGAAACCAUUAAAGAAUUGUUUUUAUACCCUUUGUCUGAAUAAGCUGAAAGGGAAUUGA